AUGGGUGGAGAUGAAUUGAACAUAGCAAACAUAUUUUUCCCUGAGUCUAAAGCAUUAACUUCAGGCUACCUGAUAGGCUAUAACUACGAAGGCUUUGUCUUAGUAAUAACCUCGGUUAUUCCUGCAAAUAAAGUCCAAAGUGCUGAAUAAUUAUAGGAUAUAAUACAAGAGUAGAAGUUCUAGGUAUUCAAUACAUACUGCGCCAGUGAACUCCUUAUUCUUGGAGUUAUUGAAAGUGAAACUCAAAGCAAUAAUGAGAUUCAGCUUAGCAAGAGAAGUGACACAUUAAGAUUUAAAUAGAACUAAAAUAUAUGGAUCACAAUCAAGAGUGUGCCAUAGAAAUCUAAGUAGAUACACCUUGAACUGAGGGACUUAAUCAUUUGUGAAUACAAGUACAAGGUCACUCCUCACUUCAUCCUCUAUCCAAAAUAAAACGAAGGAGAAUUCUUGUCAAUCAGCCAAAUGAACUUUGGAGAGAUAAUAAACAGAAGCAGAGACUGGGAUUUGAAAUCCCCAUACAUCAAGGACAACGAGUUGUUUACAUAUGAAGAUCUAAGUUAAAAUGAUAUAAUUGUCAGAUAAAUCAACUGCUCAAGAAUUCUUGACAGACUAAUUGAGGAAAGACUUACUAAAUCAGAUAGGGCUAUUGAGCAGGAUUCAUAAUUCCAAUUCGAUCCAGAUUUUUAUGGCUAAAAGGAGAAAUGGCUUAGACUAAGUAUUGUAGCUAAGCUAUUUACUCUUCUCUACCUGAUUGUCUAUACCCCAUAUAAACUAUGCAUUAGCUUGCUUUGGAUUUUCAAACCUUUAAGCAAAUUGAAUACAAUUAUCUAGCUUAAAAGAAAAGCCGAAAAUUAUAAGAAAGUCAGACAUUAUCUUCGGCUUUUAAAAGAACCUCUACCUAGUGAGAGUCAUCUCUAGUUCGAUAAUCACUUCUAUAAGAUGUCAAUUUACAUUAAGCUUAUGUCAGUCAUCGUCUAAUUUGUUAUUGAUAUUGCACUUGGAGCUGGAAUGCUUUUGAUUCUGAUUCAUCAAUCAAAACAGAUAUUAGAAAUUUUACACUAUUUUGGAAGAGGUCUUCACAUUGAAGUUUUGGAGCGAUAAGUAAAGUGGUUGAUGGGAUUACCAGCAGGAAUGAAACCAAAUCCCAAUCUUGAUAACUUUCUAGGUAAUUUAAUGCUUGAUAUUAUUGGAUUAUGGAAUUAUGUUACAACUGAGCUUUCCUAGUUAGAACCUUACAUUAUUUAGUAUUUUGCACUUAGCGGUGUCUUUGGAAUAAACAUCUUAUUAGCACUCUGUCAUGAUGCAUUAUUCUUCUGCUCAGUGCAUAUAUUUGUGCUCUAUACUGUAUUUGCUGCUGUGUAUAAAUACAUACUUGAAAUGAUGGGAACACUAAUUAGACUUUUUAGAGGAAAGAAGUAUAAUGUUUUGAGGAAAAGAAUCGAUCAAAACAAUUUCCUUAUUUAAGAGUUGUACCUUGGAGUUUUGAUUGUUAGUCUCAUUUUCUUUUUAACUCCAACAAUUGCUAUGUAUUAUUAUGCUUGCUUCAUUACUAUAAUCCUGAGUAUUAUGUUGAUGCAGAUUUUCUUAUUGACUUUACAAGGCUUUGUGUCUAACUUCCCCUUCUACCUUCUAUCUUUAACCAUUCAUAGACCUUACUUUUUACCUAAUUCCUUUUCACUGAAUAUAGAUGAGCGACUAAGCUACUUCAAAAUAGUGCCUAAUAAAAGUAAUGUGGGCUCAGUGUUCUCUCAUUUAUUUGGAGAAUUUGGAUAAGGAUUUAAUAAGACAUUUGCUGAGGCAUCACCCAUCAAGAUAAUAAAGAAAAUAUUACUUGGUGAUAAUUUGUUCUUUGUUAUGAUGAACUUUUUGAAUAUGUCAGCUAGAGUUAAUGAAUUAAAAAUUGAAGAAGCUCAUGGGGUUGGAUAAAUUUAGCCACCCAAGAGAAUUAGCAUAUUUAGUGAACUAUUCUAUAUUCUCAGACACUGA